AUGGAACCUGCGCAAGCACCGCUAGUCCUUGCUCCCCUUGCCUCUACGGACCCAGCUCCUCCACCACCUAUUGAACCAGCGCCUGCUCAUCCCAUGCGCACACGUCUGCUUGAUGGCAUCUUUCAACCUAAAAACCGCACCAAAGGCACGGUUCGAUACCAGGUCCCUCGUGCUUUUUUAACUGUCAUUGAUGAUGUUGAACCCACUUGUUUUUCUCAAGCUUCCAAACAUCCUGCAUGGCGCACGGAAAUUUCUGAAGAAAGCAAUGCCUUGCUGCAAAAUCAGACUUGGUCUCUUGUUCCUCCAUUUCCCACACAUACUCCAGUCGGUUGCAAAUGGGUCUUCCGCAUUAAGCGUCACUUUGAUGGCAUUGUUGAACACUACAAGGCCUACCUAGUGGCUAAGGGAUUUCAUCAACGCCUUGACAUUGACUACUUUGAGACCUUCAGCCCUAUUGUCAAACCAGCCACAAUUCGCAAUGUUCUUAGUCUUGCUGUUUCCCGCCGGUGGUCUUUACGGCAACUUGAUGUCAAGAAUGCCUUCCUUCAUGGGUUCUUUCAAGAAGAUGUAUAUAUGGUCCAGCCCCUUGGUUUUGUGAACCUUUCUCAUCCCACUCAUGGAUCCCACACCAUCUUUCUUCUCAUGUAUGUUGACGACAUUGUGAUUACUGGCAAUGAUUCCUCUCUUUUACAGAAUUUUAUAUCUCUUUUGAGCUGCCAAUUUGACAUGAAGAACUUUGGUCCUUUUAGUUACUUCUUGGGUUUACAGGUUGUUUCUCAUGAUGGUGCUCUUCAUCUCAAUCAACUCAAGUAUGUUCUUGAUUUGUUACACAAGAGUAAUCUUCUACAUGCUAAGCCCGCUUCCACUCCUCUUGCGGCCAAGUCUGUUCUAACUACCAGUGAUGGUGACUUGCUCACUUCUCCCACAGAAUACCGUGAACUUGUAGGGAGUCUUCAGUACUUCACCCUUACCCGCCCAGAUAUUUCCUUUGCGGUCAACACUGUGGCCCAGUUUAUGAGCUCUUCUCGCUUUCCUCACAUGGUUGCUCUCAAGAGGAUUCUCCGCUAUGUUAAGGGCACCAUUGACUUUGGCCUCCAUUUUACACCCUAA